AUGGAUGCCAGCCUGGGAUCAUCCACCAACACCAGCAGCACCAACAACAAGCCUCCUCCGAGUGGGACCAGCUCCGAGUUUAAUCAUUAUUAUGGGAAUGGAAGAGGAGGGCCUUGCUUUGAUCAACAUGGCGGACAACAAAGCGCAGGGACUGGGGUAACAGCGGCUCGAUCGGUACACAGCACCAUGGAUCAGGUUCAGAACUCCCACGAAGGCUACAACAACAACAGCCCGUACAGCCACUACCCGAACUACCGCCCGGGUUAUGGGAGCGCGGGCUACGGGGGCAUGAUGAGUCCUUCACGGCAGGGGAACAGCUUGACGGGCCCGGGCAGCAGCGGCACUAAAGCGGCUUUGACUGCUACCAGCUCCCCGGGAGGAAGUGGAGGCGGUGGCGGAGGAUUUCCACGAUACUCUGGGCAGACUCAGCAGCAGAUGCACGGUCCGUCCGGGGCUACACCGACAUUAAAUCAGUUAUUAACGUCUCCCAGCACCAUGAUGAGAGCAUAUGGAAGUGGAUAUCCUGAUUAUAAUAAUCCGUCCGCACAGCAGCAGCCGAGCUUGGGGCUAGCUAAAGACAUGGGCUCCCAGUACCAGGCUGCUCACGGUUGGGGAGGACAACAAAGAAAUCACCCGAGCAUGAGCCCCGGGAAUAACGGGCAGGGCGGCGGCAGAACCCCGGUGGCGUCCAUGGACCCGAUGGCGAUGAAGCGCUCGCAGCUUUACGGGAUGAACAACCCGUACUCCCAACAGCAGCAGCAGGGGGCGCCAUAUUCUGGACAGCCCUAUGGAGCCCCAUCCCCCCACAGAUACCCAAUGGGGAUGUCCAGCAGAGGGCAGAUGGGAAUGGGAGGGAUGCAGUACCCUCAACAACAGAUUGGUUCUCAGUACAGUCAGCAGCAGAACGUGGGCGGCUACUGUCAGCCCAGUCAGCCGCCGUACUUCAGCCCACCACAGCAGCAGCCUGCCGCACCGAGCCAGCCACCGUACAUGCAGCCCCGCCCACUGCCACAACAGGAAGUGCCACAGGAGGCGUACGGGGGUCGAGGCCAGUCUGCUGCAAUGACUCCUGGGAAACCAAACCAUGAGGAGAUGAGUCUGAGCCAGCAGGAGCGUCCUUCCAGCCUGCCGGAUCUCUCUGGCGCCAUCGAUGACCUCCCCACGGGCACAGAGGCAGCCGUGAGUUCAGGGGCGUUGGGAUCCAGCAGUGCUCAGGGUGACCAGGGGACUCCAGCCCGUUCUCCCUUCUCCCCCCACGUCUCGCCUCGACUUCCUCCACCGGCUCGCUCCGGGCCAUCCCCCUCACCUUCACCGUCCCCCGCAGGGUCCAGCAGCCAAUCACGAUCCGGACCUUUGUCCCCCAACGCCAGUGGACCAGGUCCUCAGCUGGCCCCCCAGGCCCCGCCCCCUGGGCCAGAUGUUGGACCACACCCCUCCCAGUCUGCCAUGACUCAGGACAGAGGUUUCCCUCCCUCCAUGCAGCGUAGCACCCAGGGGCCACAGUUUGGGCCCCAGCAGUCACCCAUGUCCCCUCACUCUGCUGCAGGGGGGCCCAUACAGCAUGGCUCCUACCAGCAGGGCAGCUCAUACGGCCAGUAUGGACCACCAGGUAACUACCCCCGGCCCUCCCACUAUGGCGGGGCUCCCAGUGCCAACUACAGCAGCCCUGGCCCUGGUCCGGGUUUAGCCAACAGCCUGGGUUUGAAUGCCAGCAGUCCCAUGCACGGUCAGGGUCCGUCUACACCAGCAGGUCGCGGCCCUGGGCCAGGACCUGGAGGUCGGCCUUACCCUGCCGGAGGAAGCUCCAUGGCUCCUACGUCCCCAGGCAUGCCACAGCCUGCUGGGCAAGGAAUGGGACCUCCAGGACCAAACGUCAGCCGUAAGCUGCCCGAGGUCAGCCCCAACGCUGGGCCAAGUGCCAACUCUUCGUCAUCCUUGAUGUCUAACACAGCUGCUCCGGGAAGACCUCCCUUUGCUCGCUCCCCGGUCUUCAACAGCCAGUCCUGGUCCGGGGGUCGACCUGCUCCUUCUCCCACACCCCACUCCUCUCACCCUCCUCACCCUCCUCACCCCUCCCAGCUCCCUCACCCUACCAGCCUCCACUCACAGCAGGGAUCGUGUGCUCAGCCUCAGCCUACCAUGCAUACCCCUGCUGAGCAUUAUGGGCAGGGCAGCUACAUGGGAAUGCCACCAAUGGGAGGAAUGGGCCCUGGAGGUCCUGGAGGUCCUGGAGGUCCAUACAGCCAGCAACCAGGCAGCAACUCUGAGAGGAUGACACCACAGGGACCCUCUUACGGCGCCCCGCCAUCUGGCCCCAUGAUGAUGACAUCAGAUGGGAUGGGGGCUCAUCUAGACUCCAAGCAGAGGGUGGAGCUCGGCAAAGACGGCGUCUGUCCUUCCUCCGAACUGCCAAAACCUAGGGACGGGUACAGCGCCCAAGGUGUGUCCAAGCCUCUCCCUCCCUCCCCCAUGUCCCCCAGCUCUGCCAGCCUGUCAUCCUAUCAUGGCGAGGACAGUGAUGGCAUCAGCAGCCCCGCCUGGCCCAAGGCAUCAACCAGCCCCAAGCCCGGCAUUGCCACCAUGACCAACGAGAAGAUCACCCGUCUGUAUGAGAUGGGCUCAGAGCCUGAGAGGAGGAUGUGGGUGGACCGCUACCUUACCUUCAUGGAGGAGAGGGGGACACCUGUCCCAAGCCUGCCCGCUGUUGGGAAGAAGCCUCUGGACCUGUGCAGACUCUAUCUGUCAGUCAGAGAGAUCGGAGGCCUGGCCAUGGUGAACAAGAAUAAAAAAUGGCGGGAGCUGUCGUCAUUGUUGAAUGUUGGGACGUCCAGCAGCUCAGCCAGCUCUCUGAAGAAGCAAUACAUCCAGUAUCUGUUUGCUUACGAGUGUAAAAUGGAGCGAGGGGAGGAGCCUCCACCUGAAGCCCAGGGGCUCGGUGGAGACGCCAAGAAAGUGACAUCACUACAAGCCAAGAUACAGCCUCCGUCUCCAGCAAACUCAGGCUCCCUGCAGGGCCCCAACACUCCUCAGUCCAGCAGCAGCUCCCUGACAGAGGCCCCUGUGGACUUGAAGCCCCCUACCCCAGCCUCCACCCCACACAGCCAGAUGGGCCCCCUACCAGGGAGCAGGAACACGGGAGGCGUGAGCAUCCAGGACCCGUUCUCUGAAGGUAAUGACCCAGCCUUCCACAACAAGCGAGGUCCAGGACCUGGCGGCGCCCCCUACCAGCAGGGAGGAGGACCAACAGACCCCUCAAUGAGGAUGCCGUAUGAGGGCAACAAAGACCCGUAUGGAGGAGCAAGGAAAGGUCCGGGGCCUGGUGAAGCAUUCGGUCCUGGUCAGAUGCCCAGCGGUGCCAUGCAGGACAUGUACCCCCGCGGGCCAGCCUCCGGGCCCCUUGCAGGGAUGGGUCCCAGACCGCAAUACCCCUACAGCUCUGGCUAUGAGAGAAGGUCAGACCAUGUGAUGGGACCAGAGGGAGGCAUUGCACCACCUGGAGGUCCAAACAACAUGGGCCCAUCUGGAAGCGAGGCGGGCAUGUACCCCGCCAACAGAUUCCCCCCGCAGAGGCAUGGACAUGACGGUUACGGGCAGCAGUAUCCUCACAGCGUGGCCUACAGUUCCCAUCAGCCCCUGUACCCUCAGCAGCAGGGCUACAAGCGUCCGAUGGAUCCUCUGUAUCCUCCGGCAAAGCGUCAUGAAGGUGAAGGGUUUGGCGUGCAGACCUUCAGCUCUCAGCAGUCAGACAUGUUUGGCCCCUACAGCGGAGGAGCAGCAGGGACCUACAUGGGCCCUGAACGGCGGCCAGUCCAGGGUCAGUACCCAUAUCCUUACCCCAGGGAUCGUCAGGGGCCACCGCAGCACUCUAUGAUGAGCUCUGGACCGUCAGCAGUGUCUGGGGGUCCUGGGGAGGGGCCGCAGACCAACAUGUGGCACCCGAGGACGGACAUUAGCUACCCUUAUAACCGACAGGGCGCCGCCUAUCCCGGCAUGGGUCGAGGGGACGACCAGGAGGGCCGGGCUCCCCAGGACAGCCAGUGGCCCCCCAGCCAUCAGAGCCAGCGACAGCCUCCAUUCCCCCCACACUCCUCCUCCUCCAUGUCCUCCAGACCACCCUCCUCCUCCUUCCAGGCUGCGCCCACUGUCCCUAACCAUGUCACACGCUCCCACAGCCCCUCCUCCUUCCCCCGGCCAAUGGGGGGCUCCCUUUCCCCCAACAGCACCCCCUACCUUUCCUCCUUGAAGAAACCAGCUCACCCUGGUGGGCCCCCAGGUGUCCCCGCUGUCCCCCCUCCUACGCAGAGCCUCCACCUCAUCCACCGAGAGAUCAGCUUCCCCUCUGGCUCUGUGGAGGCCACGCCCCCCAAACUGAAGGCACGGCGGCGGCUCACAGCCAAGGAUGCAGGAACCCCGGAGGCAUGGCGGGUGAUGAUGUCACUGAAGUCUGGGCUGUUAGCAGAGAGCAGCUGGGCUUUGGACACCAUCAACAUCCUGCUGUAUGACGACAGCACGGUGGGCUCGUUUGGCCUCUCCCAGCUGCCUGGCUUCCUGGAGCUAGUAGUGGAGUACUACCGCCGCUGCCUCAUCCAGAUCUUCGGCAUCCUGGAGGAGUACGAAGUGGGGACGGAGGGCCAGAGGACCCUGCAGAGAACCCCUGACCUUCCUCCAGAGGAGGUGCAAAGGGAGGCCCUGCCUACCUCCUGUGAGUCUGAUAGCCAAUCAGAGGAGAAGAAGAGGCCAGAGGAGCAAGAGCCGCCACCACUGCUCACAGCCAUGCCCGCUUUGGACAACGAGGAGGAGAGAGAGGAGAAACCCGUGGUCCAAGAGGAAGAGGAAGAGCCCCGUCCUCUGCAGGCCAGCAAGUACGACAAGCUGCCGAUUAAAGUGGAGGACACAGGGGAGGAGUGGGAGGAGGUGGAGGAGCGCUGGGUCGAGCUCAGCCGACCGAACGGCUUCAUCAGUGGACUGCUGCACUGGAAGGCCGGAGGAGGAGACUCCACGGUUCAUAUCCUGACAGGAGCAGAGGGGAGGAGGUGGGGGAGAGCAGACGGAGAAGACGACAGGCAGGAGGAGACAGAGGGAGGUGAGGAGAGGAACCAGCCGGGCGGUGAGGGGACGACUUCUGAAACAGAAGAAGGCUCACCAUCACAGAUCAAAGUUCAGAGUCCCAUCAGCCAACUGGAGGACGAGCCACGCUGCUGGGACGAGGCUCCCCUGUCCACUGCCGAGUCAUGGCAGGACGCUCUGUCCAAACGCUGCGUCUGCAUCUCCAACGUCGUUCGUGGCCUCUCCUUCGUCCCUGGAAAUGACGCUGAAAUGUCCCGCCACCCUGGCCUGGUUCUGAUCCUGGGGCGGCUGGUGCUGCUGCAUCACCAUCACCCCCGCAGGAAACGCACCCCACCCAGCUACCAGCGGGAGGAGGAGCAGGGGCAGGCCUGCAGCCGGGACGAGUGGUGGUGGGACUGUUUGGCGGCGCUGCGGGAGAACACACUGGUGACGCUGGCCAACAUAGCGGGCAAGCUGGACCUGUCCGUGUACCCCGAGAGCAUCAUCCUGCCGAUGCUGGAAGGGCUGCUGCACUGGAUGGUGUGUCCAUCCGCCGAGGCCCAGGACCCGUUCUGCUCGGGGGGCGGAGUCUCCUCACUCUCGCCGCAGAGGCUAGUCCUCGAGAGUCUGUGCAAGCUGAGCAUCCAGGAUUGCAACGUGGACCUGCUGCUCGCCACGCCACCCUUCAGCCGCCAGCAGAAGCUCUAUGCCACGCUGGUGCGCCUCAUAGGUGAGAGGAAGAGCCAGGUGUGUCGGGAGAUGGCGGUGGCCGUUUUGUCCAACCUGGCGCACGGAGACCCCACAGCGGCACGAGCAGUCGCCCUGCAGAAAGGCAGCGUGGGAACUCUGAUCGGCUUCCUGGAGGAUAGCGUUGCCGUGGCUCAGUACCAGCAGAGCUCACACAGCCUGUUGCACGCCGCCACACCGCCUGAGCCGCCCAGCAUCAACAUGAUGUGCCGCGCUGCCAAAGCACUGCUCGCCAUGGCGAAGGUGGAGGAGAACCGGACGGAGUUCACUCUGUACGAGAGUCGACUGCUGGACAUCUCGCUGUCUGCGGCGCUGAACUCCUCGGUGGCGGCCAUCAUGUGUGAAGUACUUUAUAAAAUUGGCCGCUCGUGACACAAACACUGCCACGGAGCGCGCUCAGUGGCCUCUAAAGAAGCUCCGCCCAUGUGAUGAACUGGCUCUUAUUCUAUUUUUAUUUAAGAAGAGAAGAGAAAGAUUUUAAAUACAGAAGAAUCUAUAAAUCUAUAAAAGUCCGCCAUCAUGAAAUGUUUAUUUGGGAUUUUUAAAUAAUUUUAAUACGGAAAUAUUUAAUACCUGUAUUUUUAAUUUUUUAUUCUUUUGUCUGUUUGUUGUUUUGUUUCGUUUGAACCAAAGUGUGACGCUGGACAACGCUCGGGUUCUGGCUCUCUGUGACGUGGUCGUUUCUUUCUGUUUCGGGGGGCGGGGUUGGUUAGAAUUUGGGGGUGUGGUCUGUUUAUUUAAAUAGUGACACCUGUUGUAGAUAAUCCUCUCUUUUCUGACAGAGAAACACUGAUGUUCUUUGUUUUGGUGCAAUACGUUUGUUUUUUACUCUAAAUGUGAACAACUCGACCGUCUGCAGUUCCACCAUCUUCAGUAUUUUGCCGACCUCAGCAGUAUCAAACAUCAUGUUCUGUUUUUUAAGAAUUUCUAAAUGUGUCCAACUCCUCCUCUUCCUCCUGUAAAUAGAUGUACAUUUGACUCGGUGACUCAAUGAAUCAUUUAUAAUCACGACUCGGCAGGUGAACUCUUGUUUCUGUAUUUAAGGACACGCUCUCAGUUUCAGGACGGUUUCGGGGUCCGGUCUGGGAGGGUGCAUUUGAUUUCAGAGACUGUAUGUGCAGACGGUGCGGGUUGGACUGUACUCAUGUUGUCUUCAGAAACAGUUAUCAGAAAUGUAAAGAGAUAAAAAGAAAAUCUCUAGAUCCACAACGCCUCCUGUUUGAUUUAUGAUGGCUUUUCUUCACUUUGAGAUCUUUGAAUGUUUCACAGCAAGGAGAAACUCAAGACAGCAAGAAAGAGCGGAAUACUAGCGCACCUCAAAAAAUAAGAAUAUCAUGGGAAAGUUAAUCCUGAUGGUUACAGUUUAUAGCUUAUGAAAAUUAAAAAUCCACUAUCUCUAAAUAUAACCGAUAUGAGGAAGACUGCUGACUUGGAGGGUAAGCUACAGAAGCUCACUUCUGAAAGGCCAGGCUGUUCUCAGAGGCUGUAUCUAAGCACAUUCAAGAACUUAGGGGAGCUUCACAAGGACUGGACUGAAGCAGUGGAUCAAAGUCCCAGCGUCUGGAGGAAGAUCAGAGAGGUCCAGAAUCCAAGGUGCAUGAAGUCCAGUGUUUCCAGUGUCCAAAGUCAGUAAUGGUUUGAGGUGCCAUGUCAUCUUCUGCUGUUGGUCCGCUGGUCUUUAUCAAGUCCAGAGUCCACGCCGUUAGCCACCUACUGGGAGAUUUUAGAGCCCCUCUUGCUUCCAUCUGCUGAGAAGUUUUAUGGAGAUCCUGAUUUCCUUUCCACCUGCCCACAGUGAAGCCAAAACUACCAGAAACUGGUUUAUUGACCCUGGUGUUACUGUGUUUGAUUCUGACCUGAAUCCCAGUGAGAAUGUUUGGGGAAAUGUCAAGAAUGGAAGAUGAGAGACAUGAGAAUCAACAAUCCAGACAAGCUGAAGGCUGCUAUCAGAGCAACCUGGGCUUCAUAACACCCCAGCAGGACCACGGACUGAUCGACUCCAAAACACGAGCGGAGAUGCAGAAAUUUGUACAAAAGGAGCCCCGACCAAGAAGAAAGUCAUAAAUGAACAGAAUUUUCCAGGCCAACAUUUCUGU